AUGAUUUGGGAUUUCGGCACUAGUUUGGAUUUCGGCAUGAUUUGGGAUUUCGGUACUGAUUUGGGAUUUCGGCAUUGGUUUGGGAUUUUGGCAUUGGUUUGGGAUUUCGUUUGGGAUUUUGGUACUGAUUUGGGAUUUCAGCAUGAUUUGGGAUUUCAGCACUGGUUUGGGAUUUCGGCAUUGGUUUGGGAUUUUGGUACUGAUUUGGGAUUUCGGCAUUGA